AUGUUUGUUGUGAUGAUACUCUCUUAUUAUCUCCUGAGUAUUGCUGUUGCGUUUCUUCUUCCACCGUUGUCUCAAUGCUCCAACUCGGCUUCUAAUACCACGGAAAUCUCGUCUACCAUAUUUCCAGAAGAAGAAGAACCUUCCAACCUAUGUACAGAUAUUGGAACAAUUCCUGUGGAAGAUCAAUGUGUCUUUGCCAUUGACCAUUGUUUUCGUUAUAAGCUUGGUGUCGUGGACCACUUCAGAUUGUACUAUUGUGUCAGUCAAACGAAAAUCGUGAGGACAUUUGUGAUCUUACCACUCACUCUACUACUUCUUGUUGUAUUGUUCAUUUCGUUGGGUAUUGCAGCAGGUGACUUUCUAUGUCCCAACUUGAGUGCCAUAUCGAGCUUUCUUAGAAUUCCUGAUAACAUAUCAGGAAUGACCUUAUUGGCUUUAGGUAACGAUUCUCCAGAUAUAAUGAGCACUUACAGUUCUUUUAAGACAGAUGCUGCCUCUUUGGCAGUUGGUGAACUAGUUGGUGCCGCUUUUUUCGUUACUUGCUUCGUUGUUGGAAUUAUGUCUAUUAUUCAUCCUUUCACAUUAAUUCCAGAAAAUGGUGAUGCAGACGAUUCGGAAGCUGAUUAUGACGAUAUGUAUCACUUUGUUGUGACCAAUGCUAAAAUGGUGUAUUUUAGAGACAUAAUAUUCUUCAUGUUCACCGUAUUGCUUGUUUUAGCAUUUCUUAGCAGGGGAGUGUUAACUACUCCUAUGCUAAUGAUACUUGUCUUUUUACACAUUGUAUACACAGUGAUGAUUAUAUCAUGGCAGUUCGUAUCGUCUAAAAAGAAAAAAAGCAUUGAAACAACAAUUCGAAUCAGAAAUAUGUAUGAUGAUGACACUCCACUUCGCUUUAGUGGUGAAGAAGGUGUAGAAUUGGACAAUGAAUAUACAUUCAACCCUGCCAUUCUCAAUAAUUUUGAAUUCUAUUCAAUAUUGAACAACCUCACCAAGAACAGUGCCGUAAAAUUCAAACUUUCCAAUAUUCCUAGAUAUUCGGACUCUCCUGGAGACUAUGAAACUCGUUCAGUUAAUGCCGCCAUUGAUUUAGGUACUGCAGCUAACGAUGAAUCGUCUUCAGAGACUUCAUCCAGACAAGAUCAUGUGCAACAGCAAAAUGAUCAAAAUGAUGAAUUUGAAGAUGGCUUUCUGAAAAGAACGCUCAACUUGAUUACAAAACCAAUUCUGUUACUCAUGACGUAUACCGUUCCUAGAAUGACCAUCGAUCAUUACAAUAUCGAGUACAAAUUCACAUUUAAAGAGCUAAAUAUGAUUGUCUCUGGUCACCAAUCAAACCUACUUAAGCUAGCUAUUUCUGUUCUAGGAUUUAUUACAGCCAUUUCAUGGAUUGGUAUAAUAGCAGACGAACUUAUCAGCGAUUUGAAGUUCAUUUCUGUGGUGAUGCAUCUUUCUGAAGCAAUCCUAGGAUUGACGAUAUUUGCAAUUGGCAAUUCCGUGGGUGACUUAAUCAGCGAUAUAGUGAUUGCCAAAUUAGGUUUUCCAUUAAUGGCUUUGGCAGCUUGCCUUGGUGGUCCAUUAAUGAAUAUGCUAUUGGGUAUUGGUAUGAGUGGUUUACUUGCGGGCAGUAAUAUUCAACUCUCUUUAAGUGUGAACUUAUACUUGAGUUGUUUCUUUGUUUUGAUCAAUCUAGUAUUCAUGAUGGCAAUUCACGCAACAAGGCCUGGUGCUAUGGGAACGAGGUACAGACGUAACAGGGUUCAACCGAAGUCUAUUGAUGAUCUCGGAUCCGGUGCCGGUAUUCAUCCCACCUUUAAGAAAAGAACAGUCCUUGCUGAUACUACCAAUAUACUGAAAAGGCCAUUUAUUGUUCCUUUCAAAAAUCGUUCGAGGGUCACAAGAGUUUGUCAUGGUAGGCAAAACGUUAGAAAAGCACGUCUAAAGGCCCCUAAAUCAUAUGCUGAAGAUGGUGGAGAAGAACUAAUUAUAAGCGAUCCUGGAUUCGAUGCCUAUGGCAAUGGAACUGUAGAGAAAAGAAAACAUGCUCUAUUACCCCGAAAUUUCAUUGGUACGAUGGAGCAGUCAAAACUGAAAUUGACAAAGAGAUUUGCGUUUCCCUUUAAAACGGGGAGGGAGAACGAAAUGAGAUACAGAUACAACAGACCACCUCCUCCACUAGGAAAUAGAAAGAAGGUGUUUUUCCCUCCAAAGCCGUUGCACGAUCCCAUGGCAGAGUAUGCAAUCGUUUUAUAUGAUCCUACAGUUGACAUAAUUCAAGGAAGGAAGGAUGAUCAGGAAGAGAACGCGUUACCUACACCGGAUCCUGCAGUGGAGGAAAGACCGGCCAGCUCAGGGAAGUACAAGAAAAGACCUCAAAAGACCAUAAACGAGAUGUUGGGAAUUAUUCCCGAUUCAGAUCCUACAAAGAACUUCCCUAAUGUACCUGUGGUUAUUGAUCCUAAAGUUGCCAAGGUUUUGAGGCCCCAUCAAAUCUCUGGUGUCAAGUUUCUUUAUCGAUGCACUGCUGGUUUAGUGGAUCCAAAGGCUAAGGGCUGUAUCAUGGCCGACGAAAUGGGUCUUGGAAAGACUUUACAAUGCAUCGCGCUCAUGUGGACGUUACUAAGACAAGGUCCUCGUGGUCGUAAAACCAUCAGUAAAUCUGUCAUUGCGUGCCCCUCCUCCUUGGUGACGAAUUGGGCCAAUGAAAUUGAUAAGUGGCUCGGUAAGGGAACUUUGAACUACUUAGCCAUGGACGGUAAAGGUUCCAAGGGUAGCAGCGUUGGCGAAGUGCUACAAACUUGGGCUGAUGCGAUGGGCCGUGCUGUUGUUAGGCCUGUUCUUAUCAUCAGCUAUGAAACCUUGAGAAGGAACGUUUCUCGUCUAGCAGAUUGUGAAAUCGGUCUUAUUCUCGCUGACGAGGGACAUAGGCUUAAGAAUGGAGACUCUUUGACCUUCAAUGCACUUAACUCUCUCAACUGUGAGCGUCGUGUCAUUCUAUCUGGUACUCCUAUUCAAAACGACUUAUCCGAAUACUUUUCUCUACUAUCAUUUGCCAAUCCAGGAUUAUUAGGAUCCAGAAACCAGUUCCGGAAAAGUUACGAGCUUGAUAUUUUGAGAGGUAGAGAUUCCUUUUCUACCGAUAAGGAACGUGCUAAAGGUGAUGACAAAUUACAGAAGCUUACUGAUGUUGUUUCAAGAUUUAUUAUUAGAAGAACAAAUGAUAUUCUCUCGAAGUACUUACCCGUGAAGUAUGAGUAUGUUAUUUUCUGCAACCUGUCCGAUUUCCAGAAAAAGUUGUAUAACCAUUUCAUCACUUCACCAGAGAUUAGAAAGUUGAUGAAGGGAUUGCAUUCACAGCCUUUGAAGGCUAUUGGCCUCCUCAAAAAGCUCUGUAAUCACCCCAAUUUGCUAAAGCUCCCAGAGGAUAUUGAAGGCUGUGAGGGUUUGAUUCCGGAGGAUUAUGAGGAACCAAAUACAUAUGGAAGAAAUGUAGAAAUACAAACUUGGCACAGCGGAAAAUUUGCAAUGCUGGAACGGUUCCUUUACAAGAUCAACAGAGAAACCGAUGAUAAGAUUGUGGUAAUCUCCAAUUAUACACAAACUUUGGAUUUGGUGGAAAAAUUAUGUCGCCAACAUCGGUUUGGUUCGUUGAGACUUGACGGAACUAUGAAUAUCAACAAACGUCAAAAGUUUGUAGAUCGUUUCAAUGAUCCAGAAGGGAGAGAAUUUGUUUUUCUCUUGAGUUCCAAAGCUGGUGGUUGUGGCAUUAACUUGAUUGGUGCCAACCGUCUUGUUUUAAUGGAUCCAGAUUGGAAUCCAGCCUCGGAUCAACAGGCUUUGGCCAGGAUUUGGAGAGAUGGCCAGAAAAAGCAUUGCUUCAUAUAUAGAUUCAUAUCCACUGGUACCAUAGAAGAGAAGAUUUAUCAAAGACAAUCUGCCAAGAUGCAGUUGUCGUCGUGCGUGGUGGAUUCGAACGACGAUGUGGAGAGGUUGUUUUCCAGAGACGCUUUGAAGAAGUUGUUUCAGUACAACAGAGAUACCACAUGUGAGACUCACGAGACUUUUAAGUGUAAGAGAUGCGAUCCUGCAACAUUCAAACAGAAGAUCAAGCCUUCUGCUAUGCUUUACGGUGAUGCUACCACUUGGAAUCACAUUAGUCAUGACUGUUUGGCGGAAAACGAGGAUUUCCUCAUUCAGAACGAAUCCCAAUACGACACGAUCAGUUACGCAUUCCAGUAUGUGUCCCACUAG